AUGGGUGACGAUAAAGACCUUCAUUUGGGACCUCCGGCUCAAAGUGUGAGCGCAAGCCAGACAUCCUCUUCUGCGGGUGACAUUGAAGCAGCAGAGGCUACUGAAGCUCCUGAAUUUGCUGUGCCCAAACCUUUCCCCAAAAGAGCAUCUCUUAGUAGACGACUCGAUGAUGACUCUAUCUUUAUAUCUCAUGUUACCUCAGCGGAUCAUGCCCAUUCUGGACCACCACUAUCUUUGCAUUCAGCCCGCAGCGGUCAAGAUACUCGACCCAGUGCAUUGACUCUCACCAUUCAGCCCAGUGCAUUCGAGGGCAUCGGAGAGAUACCACCAGGAUCUGUCCGUCUUGGUCCAGGUGAAUUUGCUGUCACUCUUCCUAUGGAUUCUCGAGUCAAGUCUGACUAUGAAAAUGUUUUGAAACAUGCUGCUCCGCGGUUUCAGCGUUUCCUGGAGACGUUUAACAGUGGUACCCCAGUUCAUGAGUACCAACGAAAGCAUCUGCAGUCGAAGAUACAGAAGGUCAUAGCAGCCUUGGGCAACGUAACAACCCAUCCAGAUCUGAACAUUUCUCGACACUUAACGGAUGGAGACACCAAUCUUGAGGAUAUGGCUUUGUGGGCUGAGAGUAAUAGUGCCAAAUUCCUUUUUCUGAGAGAUUUCAUCGAAAUCGCGAGCAUGCAUAAUCUCCACAUCAUUCUAGCAAUUCAUGGAACCGACAAGCAAAAUCUUAUCGAGCGCUAUUUACGUGGUAAAGGAUUUGAAUACACUCGGCCACGCGAAGAGCUCGGUGGAAGCGUGGAAAUAUCUCUGGUUAAAGGCUCUCUGAGCUUCGGAAUUCAUUCGACUGACAGCGUACGAGAUCUUUUCAAAGAACCUUCUGCUAUAUUUUUGCUCGAUGCUACCUUCAAUUCCAAGAGUUCAUCAGUGGUGCAUAUCCGACAGACAUAUACUCGAAACGGAGAUCCUCUUCCAUUAAUCUGGCUUCUUGUCGCCAAUACAUGUGAACACAUUGAGCGCUGCCUGCCAGAUAUGCCCCAGUGUGAUCGCAUUUUGGCCCUUCUUCAUUUCACAGAUUGCCUCCAUUAUGCGGCGGGUGAUAUUCAAGAUGGCGCCCUUGACGUGCACGAGAAUGUCGCGGAGAUUUUUGGCUAUCUCACAGACAGCUCUAGACCAUGGCCACUGGUUUCGAUUAAACCCCUACCUCUCAUUCCCUAUGAGGCAGAAGAGGCCUCAAUAUCAUCGACUAGGCCUCGACCAUCUACACUGAAACGCUCGCUUUCGAAUGAUGAGCACGAAGCGUACAAGACGAAACGUGUACAUCUUGGCGAUAUCAGCCCAACGAAUGACACAGAUGUUAUCAACCCAUCUGACCACACUAAUCAAAUUCUCCGGAGACGCAUGGAUGGAAUGGAAAACUUCUAUUCCAAGGAAAAGGCUCAAAACUUGGCUAGACUGGUCGCCAUGGAAUCAAAACUCCAGGACUGGCAGAGUGUCAUGAAUGAUCUUCAAUAUCGCUACGAAAGUCGAACCGAAAGUGAGCACAAGCUUCGACGGGAGCGCGAUUCGCUGUUGGAGACAGUAGCAUCCCUGAAAUCCCUCGCAGACAGAUCGAAAGAAGACAUCUCCAAGCUGAGAGAUGAACGAACACUACUGAAUCGUGAGCUUGAAGGAGCUCGACUGGAAUUGAAGUCCGUUCCCGGACCACUUGCUGAUCUGGAGACGGCGCGGGAAGAAGUCCGUCGACUUACCAAGGAGAACUCCAGUCUCGAACGCAAGUCAGACUACGAACGUCAUCAAGCCGAAUACACUCGCGAGCAAUAUCAGAACGCCUCCAAUGUUGCUGCUCAAGCUGGAAAUGAGGCUCGCACUCUUAGAAAAGAAAAUGAGGACCUACUGCGGAGAAUUUCGAGCAAUACUGUCGCUGUCCGUGAACUCAGCAACAAAGCAGAAUUGGACGCCUAUAUUGCCCGCAUCUCAGAGUUAGAGAUUACACUUGCUCAGCGUGAUGAUUUCCUGCAAAAGAAGGAAGAGGAACUUCGGGAGAUUCGCAAGAAUCGUCCGUCAACUCGCUCCACCAGUACCGCACCUCGAAGCCCCAAAUGGGCUGCUGGAAGUCGUCCUACUAGUCCCGGCUUGGGUGGAAAUGGAAGUGGCGGACUUCCUGGUAGAGGCAGCACCUUGCGAUUUAGCUCUUGA